AUGAUGAAACUGUCAAUCUACAAACUGCUACUGUUUGUGGUCCUCACAACGGUGAUGCUCUGCUGCCAAACGUCUGAGGCAGGACCCGCCCGUCAGCUUGCCAGCCUGGCAGCAAGAGCCUCCAAGAUUCCACGAUCGAUACGGGCCCCAUUCCGGAAUUCGGAAAUGAUGACGGCGCGUGGUUUCGGCAAACGUCGGGCACCGAUCGGUGUGAACUACGGUAGUGGCCGGGCGGCACAUCACACCCUGUCACCCGGAGACGGCGAGACAGUGACCUGGGCCGAGGAAAAACAUGACAUUGGCAAGCUGAUGGAAGAUUUGGCGAGCCUCGAUCAGAACGAGCCACAGCAGCAACAGCAGACGCAGCAAUUGAUUGUAGGCGAGCAAGAAAGCAGCUUCCCGUUGGAGUGGUUUGCAAACGAGAUGUCAACCAAUCCGGCAUUGGCCAAAUCGAUCCUGCAACGCUUCGUCGACACUAACCGCGAUGGACUGCUCGAAACGAACGAGCUGAUGCCCGGUGCUGCGGCAAACGGUAACGAUAUUGCUGAGCUGUUCUAA